AUGUCAUUCCGCAAGAGUAGUUUCUCUUAUCAAAACGACAACAUAAAUGUACUCCAUAUUGGGCACAAUGUCGAAGCAAGGAUCGAAAGAAUUGAUGAAAAUUUUGCAAGUAUCUAUUUUGUGGAUGAUCACGGCUUGCAAGUACCCCCUCCAUCAAAUUCCGUUCUCAGGGAUACAACAACUAAUCGCAAUGUUCUUUAUCGUCGUAACGAAUUUCUUAUUUCGUGGAUUUGCAAUUACUCUUUUCUCCAAAAUGGCUCAGAAAUUUUUAGAUUGGAGAGACAAAAACAACAUGCGAUAAGUGGAGAGCCAAGCAGUAGAACAAGUUAUAUGAUCUCAGAAUUUUAUAUAUUUUUAUUAUUUCCAAAUUUACAAUUUGAUAGAUGUUUAGUUGGGAUCUAA